AUGGAUUCCAAUUGGGAACAGAAUCAGCUUCCAAAAAGUUCACCUCAUAUUGCAGAUGCAGAUGACUAUAAUGCAUGCGUCUAUGCUAUGCAACUCAGUUGUAGUCCAAUGAUGUAUUGUGCAGUAUUGAAUGCUGCCCUUGAACUCAACUUGUUUGAGAUAAUAGCUAAGGCAACCCCACUUGGUGUAUCCGCAUCUGACAUUGCUUCUCAACUUCCAAUACAGCACCCUGAAUUGCCUCGUAGGCUUGACCGCAUGCUGUGUCUUCUAGCAAGUCACUCUCUUCUUACUUGUUCCACUCGCACAAAUGACAACGGUGCAACAGAAAGAAUUUACCAGCUAUCACUUGCUGGUAAAUACUUUGUCAAUGAUGAGAAUAAGGGCACUGUAGCUUUAUUCCCAAUUUUUCUGAGUCACCGAUUAAUUGUGGAUGCUUUCAUCAAUUUCAAGGAGGUACUUCUUGACUGUGAUAGUAGCUUAUUCAAGAAAAUUCAUGGGAUGCCUAUAUAUCAAGGCAUACAGUCAGAUCCUGCAUUGGAUUAUGUUUUUAACAAAGCAAUGUCCAACUUUUGCACAAUCCAGAUGAAGAAUAUUCUUGAAAUAUAUAGUGGAUUUGACGGAAUAUCAUUGCUAGUUGAUGUGGGUGGUGGCAUUGGCAAAAAUUUGAAUAUGAUAAUUUCCAAGUAUCCUUCCAUAAAGGGUAUUAAUUUUGAUCAGCCCCAAGUGAUAGAAAAUGCUCCAACUUAUCCAGGGAUAGAGCAAGUUGGAGGAGACAUGUUUGAAAGUGUUCCAAAAGGUGAUGCCAUAAUAUUGAAGGCAGUAUUGCACAAUUGGUCUGAUGAAAAUUGUUUAAAAGUUCUAAGCAAUUGCUAUGAAGCUUUGCCACAAAAUGGGAAGGUGAUCGUUGUGGACUUCAUAAUGCCUGAAACAAUUCAGUCUACAGAAGCAGAUAAGAUUGUUACUGGUGUAGACAACCUCAUGUUUUUGGAUGGUGGGAGCGAAAAAACCGAGAAAGAAUUUGAGAAUUUAUGCAAAAGCUCUGGAUUUUCUAAUUUCCAAGUUGUUUGUUGUGCCUUCUCUGCUCUCGGGGUUAUGGAAUUUUAUAAAUGA